AUGAAAAAAACAAAUUAUACAGCAUCACAUUACAAAUCAGAUCACAUAAAUCUAGGAGAUCCAUUACCACUAACUUAUACUCCAACAAGAAAUCAAUCUACAAAUAAAUUUAAUAAAUCCAAAAUAAACAAUGAACCACUACAGCAACAACAAAGAUCCUAUAUGAAUCAGCCAAUUAGAAAAAUAUUACCUAUAUUAAAUAAUAUAAGUCAUUCUUCAUCUUCACAAAGUAAUGUACAACGACGAAAUAUAAGUCCUAGACCAAUUAUUCAAAAAUCACAACAACAAUCACAUCAAGACAACAAAAGUGUUGAGAGAAUCCAGAAUAAAUUAUCUAAACUACUUGAUCAUUUCAAUCAGUACUAUGAGACACUUGCACUAUUACAAGACACAACAAACAUAGAAUUAAUAGAGUUAAAAUUAAAUGAAAUUGAUCAGAUCUUGGUGGAAUUAGAUCUACUGGAUCAAGAACUCAAUAUAGAUAGUGAAAUCUUGAGGCUAUCAAAAGAAGGGAUAGAUGGUGAAGAUUCAAGUAAAAUAAACAAAUUAUUUCAAGACCUAGAUUUUGUGAAAACCAAGAUACAAGAGAAAAAUCAGUCCAGUCUACUAAAUCAAUUUACAAGUUUCAUACAGCACAAAAAAUAUUGGGUACUAAAUUUCACUUUGUUUUUAAUAGUUUUUUUCAUUACUUCAAUUUAUGCAUCUGAUUUUAAGUAUAAUUAUUGUUAUUAUUUUUGUUAA